AAGUGUCAACGAGUGGCUGCAAUCCGCCUCCGCACUCACUCCACGCACACGCCGCUAUACGCGACGCCGCCGAGCAGAGCGCCGCCGGCCCCCCUUUCUCCCUCUCCCUCCGCCCGAUCCUCAGUCAGCUGCCGCCGCCGCGGCGCCGCUCCUCUCUCCGUCUACUGGGGUGGAGAUCCGUCCGGGUCCGGAGUAGCCUCGCUUUCGUCUUGGUUCGAGCAGUGGUGAGCAAUAUUCUUCAAUUAUCGUCUGGUGCACGGUGGUGAUUGUUGGAUCCUUCUGCUUAGUCAACAACGAACAAUGGGCACUUUCCCAACAGCAAUAUGUCCACAGAAGAGAGGAAAUUGAGUAUGCUAAACAAGGGCACUUCAUUGAAUCCAAAUGCAGAGGAAUUUGUUCCUUCAUCCCUUAGAUCUGUCAGUGAUGCUUCCAGGAGAUCAGAUGCAGCUAUAGUUAUCUCAGGACCAUCUAAAGAAGCCAGCACAGACCAGGCAGAGUCCAUUAUAUGGAGUAAUUCUGAUGAAGAAGCACAUCAGUAUUGGCAACAGCAGCUCCCUGAUGACAUCACCCCUGAUUUCAAAGUCCUGGGACAAGAUGAGACUGCUGGACCUGACAGUCUUACACUCACAGGCCUGUCCAUAAAUGAUGGCAUUGGCGCGUCAAUAUUUUCUCCAAACCAAACACUGGGCAUGCAGCACCGUGCUUCACCUUUGAUCAGGGACAAACUGAGUACACGCCCAAAGAUUGAGUUUUCUGGGCCAGCUUAUAUAGACGAGCAUUCGCAAGCUACAAUUAUGAGUCCGACUGCCAGUUCCAUGAGCCCAACUGCUGCUCCAUGGGUAAAGACAGUAAGGAAUGGUGGACACUAUAACUCAAACAGAAGGGAUGUUGGUCACUACAAUGGAGAUUCUAGCAUAGGAGCUUCACUGCACAACAUUUCUGAUGCGUAUCAUGGAAGCAGGCGCAGCUUAAGCUCGACUAUGGAUAUCAUGAGUCAGCUGGAGCAGAAUAAAGUUGAUGGACGACUCAGUCAGAACCUCAGGUCACUAUCAUUUGGACAUUCAAGUCCUCCAUCACCAGCAUCAUAUGGUCAAAAUGGUCUUGGAAACUAUAGUAAAGAAGCUUUUGGUCUGCCAAACAGUCCGUAUAGAUCUCAUUCAGCUAUACUCGCAGACGAUAUUGUUUCACCCGCAACUGGACGUGAACAUGUUUCCCUGGAUGCUCCUAGAGGAAGGUACAAGACGACUAAUGUGCCAGUUUCUGGUUUUGGUUCAAGCAGAGGUUCUCAGCUGUUGGGUGGCUCGUAUAAUGGGCAUCAUGAUAUGAUCUCAACCAAUACCCUACAAAACAUUGCUGGAAUUCAGACAGGACCAGCUUGGCUUGAAAAUGAUGCUGCGGCAAGUGCAUAUUUGGAACCAAAGGAUGAAGCUCAUGAUUUUGCAAGCAUGCGGCAUGCAUUUCUUGAACAGCAGGAUAGGCAGGCUUUUCUGACGGGCAACAGCCCUUUAACAAAGGAUCUGACAUUGAAGGAGCUAUACAAUAUACAAAGCAGGUUGGCUCAAGAGAAGGCUAGAGAAACAACAUAUCAACAAAGAUUCCAAAUGCCAGAGCUGCAAGGCCUCAUCCAGGAGCAAAACCCUCCAAUUGACCUGUGCGGCCUACACGUCAGCGAGGCGAUACACGUCCUCAACUACGAGCUCAACAACCGGAGGAAGAUCGCGCGGUCCACUGGUCGCCGACUCCAGGCCAUCAUCAUAUCCAGCGCCCGCACCCCUGCAAGGCUGACAGCUGCCGUGGAGCAGUACCUCCUGGAACACGGCCUUCAGUACACGCAGGCGCAGCCAGGCCUCUUCCGUGUCCUGCUGUAGUGAUGAAACGGGACGGAAGGUCUAAGUGAUGUUCACGAACGAGAUCAGAUGAAAAGGAAAAAAGUUUGACUUGUACUUUUGUAUAUGGCAGAGGUGGCUAGCAGAAUAGAAGCGUUAAGAUAGCUCAUGUAAUAUUCCUAUAUCAGGCUUUUUGUCAGCAAAUGUAUACAUCGUAAAAUUUGCGAGAGUUAGGGGAUAUGUUCUUUCACAAUCGUUCACCCACAAUCUUGGAUGCAAA